GUUGUUAGGGAAAAUGGCGUCGUCCAUGGGCGGAAUGUUCCCCGGUCAGCAGCCUCCUGGAUCUCAUCCACCUCCGGGUCCGGGUGGUCCAGGUCAGCCAGGGCUCCUCACUGGUACUCCCGGUAACAGAGGGGCGAAUAACACUUUAGUGGAUGAGCUGGAAGCUUCUUUCGAGGCGUGUUUUGCAUCUCUUGUCAGCCAAGACUAUGUCAAUGGAACUGACCAGGAAGAAAUUCGAACUGGGGUUGAUCAGUGUAUACAGAAGUUUCUGGAUGUGGCCAGACAGACUGAAUGUUUCUUUCUUCAGAAGAGACUACAGCUCUCUGUACAGAAACCAGAACAGGUGGAAAAAGAGGAUGCAUCAGAACUAAAGAAUGAACUCCAGAGGAAAGAGAUGCUAAUUCAGAAACACCUCGCCAAGAUCCAUCAUUGGCAGCAGGUAUUGGAAGACAUCAACGUUCAGCACAAGAAGCCCACAGAACUGCCACAGGGUCCUCUGGCCUUCCUAGAGCAGGCUUCGGCCAACCUCCCCGCUCCAAUGAAACCCAACUAGUGUAUUUACAGAGAUCCAAAACCUGCUUUAGAUGUUGCUCAAUGGGACACUUUUUCCUCUCCCUCCCAGCAAAUGGUACAGGAAGCCCUUGGUAUGUUACAGUGUGCUUCAAGAGCUACUAAAUAACAUUAUUACAACUUUUCCCUUAUGAAAGUGUUAGGUUUUGAAGAAAUCAAAGUUAUUUUAUAUUUCUUCAUAAGAAAACUUAAGAAUGCAUUAGUUAGCUAAGAAAAUGUUCUGUUAAGGAGUUAUAUUGAUCUGAAUUAGGUGGGAUAAUUUUUUGUUUAUAUUUUACAAUUUUAUUAUUAUUUUUUUGUACAGUUAAAAAUAAACAUUUUGUCAUACA